UAUUCACAGAGCUUUUUUGGAUUCGGCCAAUCUGCCGAAGUGGAAAUUCAGCUGUCUAACUCCGCAAACCGUAAGCAAGUAGACGUGAAGAACGAAGACGGGAAAAAAGAGAGACUGUUUUUGUACUAUGACGGGGAAACCGUAUCUGGCAAGGUAAAAGCUGUACAGCAAUCUGCUGAUUUGCUUAUUGUUGUAGCAUGAUGUUGAUCUGAACCAUCUACAGGAACUGACCUGUAGCUGCCGUGGUUGAAAUCACAUGUGAAUCGUGACAUGAUCAGAAACUGCUCAGUUCCUGCGGGCAAGUGGAUUUAACGAUCCCAAGUGUUCUAAAAUCACAAAAACCGUUUCUUUCGUUCGACUUACUCAAGAUGGAAGCUCUGAUAAUCGAUGAAAUGACAAAUCACCGUCUUUCUAAUGUGAUUUGCAUGUUGUUAGACUGUAUGUCUAUAUUGAAAAUGCUAUUUAAACCGUGAUUAAAAGGUGCAUGCUUUCCCCUAAAGCCAGAUUGUCUGCAGUGUUGUAUUUUAAUUGCUUUCUUCUAUAAGCGCUUAAGAUCUUAUCAUUAUUUGUCUAUUAUUUCUAACAAAUCAUAGUGGUUUAGAGAGUUGCUAAAGUCUAGAUGUUAGACCAUUGGGAUUGAGUAGGCUGAGCUGGCAGUUUAUGAAGGGGGAGGAGUGGGUUGAUGUAUGCCCUUGUUUUGUGUGUACUUCACAUAUGUGUAAGUCUCCAAAGCUAGUGAUUCCCAUACAGCAAGAGGCAGUUUUUAUUAAUUUUCAUGCAAAGCAAGGCCUUACCAGUAACACAAAGGAAUAUUGCCUCAAUUAAAACUCUGGUCAGUUUGUCCAGAUACAUCAAGAUUUAACCUUUUGUAGGUGUCCAUGUAACACAUGCAUCAUUACCCUUUAAACAAGGCUAAAUGAAUGAGCAAAUAGAGCAGCAGGACUGUUAAUUGUACAAUUUACUUGGAUUUGUGUGAGGCAUAGUGAAGGAGUUGAACUUGGCACUAGAUGUACAAACUUAAGGAAAAAAACAAGUUUACUGGCAGAGUUAAUGUUACGAUAAUUGAAGUGCUUGAUUCUAAUAUAGCACCUCAAACCAUAUAAGUAUGCUGCUUCCAACUGUUUCUUUUCCUUUUCCUCUGAAAAAUUAUUGAAUGGGAUGUUUGCAAAAACAUUAUGAUUCUCGACAGGUCAGCAGGCGUUGAGUAAGCUGUUUUGCUCAUGGUGUUCUGAAUGCAAGGAUUUCCCUUUGCAGUUGAAAGAGGAUGAUGAAUUCUUGUUUAUGAUUUUCUGAACAGGUGAAUGUCAAUUUAAAAGUCCCCGGAAAGAAGCUGGAACAUCAUGGUAUAAAGAUAGAGUUUGUUGGACAAAUAGGUGAGAUAUACUUUUUGUAGUUAUUGCUCUACAGACCUUUAGAUAAUUUUAGUCAUCUAAAAGUAUUUACACAAUCAUCAAAAGCUUACAUGCAUAUAUGUAACCUUUUCCACCCAAACAUCGGCAUGCAUAUUCUCCAUGUACUGUUCUCUAUACAUUUCUUAGGGUGCUGACAAAAUGAAUUUGUCAAAUAAUCAUGAGUUUCUUUAGUUGUUUAUCAUUUCCUUUAGUCUUUGGACCUUAAUGUUUGAUUCAGCCGUGAUGCUGUAAGAAGAAAUAAAUGCUAGUCACUCUUAGGGAUAAGAGGGUUAAUGUCAGGUGGGAACAGGGAGAUUUUUACCUCAAGAAGGUAUACAUGCAAGUAAUUGCAAGAAGGGUUUAUUGCCAGUUUUGUUGCAAAGUUAUUGCAAGUUUAUUGCUAGUUUAUUGCUUGGUAGUGACUAAAUUUUUGGCCAAUUGCCAGUGGGUAAUCUGAGUGUUAAUUAACCACAAACAUCUAAUGCUUAAAGUUUGUCAAGUAAAUCAGGAAAUCUGCCAUGAGGGCAAAUGGCCAGAAAUUAUGGUAAACCUGUGUUUGAAUUUUUUGUAUGAAUAAUGAUGUAAUUUGAGCACCAACAAUCUGUUGAUACAUAAAGGUUUACUUAUUUUAUAGAUUUCAGAUAUUGCUCACAGUAUAUACAGGUGUCAGGCUUUACCAUGGUUAUUUAAGUUUCUUCUUCUACUACAUCACAUAAUGUCAAGCUUUACAUUAGACUUCUUACCGUAGUACUUGCAGCUAUAUGUAGUUUUUUUCUCUGUGUCCUAAUUCAUGACAAGGUUCUUUUGGAUCAAAAGUGAUAAAAAGAAUUCCCAGUUACAUGUGCAUACAUUCAUACAGGAUGUGAGCUCAGCUGGUCACAUUUCCAUUUCAGAGCUUUUUUAUGAUCGUGGAAAUCACCAUGAAUUCACUUCAUUGGUCAGAGAUUUAGCACGGCCUGGUGAAUUGACACAGAGUGAGACCUAUGAUUUUGAGUUUGUCAAUGUGGAGAAGCCUUAUGAGACAUACACUGGAGCAAAUGUCAGACUAAGGUAAUUACAUGCACUGUGUGUACAUGCAUUGUAUAUUGUGUGUUUUAUAUUGCAUUAUAUUGUGUUCCUAGCUUGGAAUUAAUACAAGAUCUACACUAUAUAAAAAUUAUUUGUUUUUUAUUUUUUAGAAAUUGAAAAAAAAUAAACUCAGCGUCACUUGUAUUUUUUAUUAUUGAAUACAUUCAGAUAUUUUCUUCGCGUGUCUGUGGUCAGAAGAAUCAGUGACAUAUCCAAAGAACUUGAUCUUGCUGUCCAUACCUUGUCAAGUUUUCCUGAAAUGAACAAUAGGUAUAUACAAAGUUUGUUUUAUUUUUUACUUUUUAAUGAUUUAUGGAAAUCUUGCACAAUGCCCAGUCCAGGAGUAGCAUGCUCCAGAAAUCAUUUAAUUUUUUAUCUCCACAUCUGUCGCAGACCUGAUUACAUAGAUUAACCUUGUAACUGUUCACCAGUUUUAGUUUUUAUUGAGUAUAGAUCAAUGUAACUUGUGAUAGGGGUUUUAAAAAGUGUUUUAACUCUUUAACUUCCAAGAUCUUAUUAAUUAUCCUUCCCUGUAGCUGCUACAUGUCAAAUUUGUUACAAGAAUUUGAUGUCAGAUCAAGAUAAUAACUUCAAUAUAUGAUAAGUUUGAGUAUUCUCAUUACCUUUUAAUGGAUAUUAUGGGAAGAAGUUACUUGCUAGUCACAUCUGGGAGUUAAAUGGUUAAAAUAGAAAUUAUUUGUAACAUGGGGUCUAUUUUCUUUUUCCAACAGCAUCAAAAUGGAAGUUGGCAUUGAGGACUGUUUGCACAUAGAGUUUGAAUACAACAAAUCAAAGUAUGUACAUGCAGCAUUUUCAUAUAAUGUAUGUAUAUAAAAUGAGUGAACCUUAACACAGUAUCAUAAAGUAUUGAAUUUAUAACAUGAUUUCUUGGUGUACCAGAGAAACUGCAAUUCUGAGAAAUUUUUGUCUAGAAAACAGCAUGCUUCAGAGUCACUGUUCAGUGCAUUACUGGAUUUGGAUUUAUAGGCUAGCUGUAAUCCUUACAAAGUGCAGGAAUGGGUAACUUGAAGUUAAAAGUUACCUUUGAAGUCACCCCCAAAAAAAUGAAAUUUUUCUUGAAUUUUACUGAAAAAACUGUUUCAAGGUCAUCAAACAAUUUGGCUCUAGGCAUAUUGAGAUGAUGAGAGGCUAAUUUUGAUUAUCAGUAGUAUUUGGAAUUUUUCACUGUUUUAUGCAGAAAAUGCUGAAAUGGCAAGGAGGAUGUGGAAAUUAUAGUUUUAUUUGGAUGUGCAACUUCAUAGAUCAUACAGGUUUACCCUGUUUCAUUUCCCCUCAUUAAGCAAAUUUCAAUUCUCUAGAUACCACUUAAAAGAUGUGAUUGUGGGAAAAAUCUACUUCCUGCUUGUGCGCAUAAAGAUCAAACACAUGGAGUUAGCGAUUAUCAAAAGAGAGACAACUGGAACAGGUGAGCAAUUGAAUGCUUGUGGACACAGAUUUAGCAUCUUUCAUACAAGAGUGAGCAAGCCCUCUUUGCCAUAGAAAACAAAAGCACUCUUUCACACAGGUUCUGUUGACCAUCUUAUUUUCAUACAUGUACAAUCAUGUAAUUAUUUAUUUAUUGGAUUAUUUAUUGAUCCUUAAUUAAUUGACAGCUGAAACCUGUUAUUUUGAACCAUCAAUACAGAAUACAAUUGUAAAGAAUGAUCCUGUUAUUUGUGAUGAUCAAUUACAAAAUUGUCAAUAAUUACUUUGAUUGACAUUGGCUUAAUUUAUGGUUUGUCAGGCCCAUUGAAAAGUAGCUUUAGAGUUAAUUGGCUUCUGCAGCAGUAGUAUUUGAAUAAUUUUCCUCAGUUUCAUGUAUACCUGCAAUAUGAUUUUCAUGGUAUAUUAUCCACAUUACUUAACCAAAGUAAUGUAAUUUUUCAUCAGGUCCCAAUACUUAUAAUGAAAAUGAAACAAUUGCAAAGUAUGAGAUCAUGGAUGGAGCACCUGUGCGAGGUUUGUUUUGUUUUGAUAAUUUUUUUCUGUUGUGUUUGAACAGACAAAAGGUCUUACCCACUCACUGGAAAGUAAUAAUGUACUCUGUAAAUAGAAAGAAUGUUUUGGUUUUGCAGUGUUGUGAUGUUGGUGAGUUUCCAAAAACAAGUGCUAACCACACUGUCUUGUCCAAAGAGAAGCAGUGUUUUAGCAGUUUAGUAUUUUGAUAAUGUUGGCAACCAGAAUUUUGUUUCUGUUGAUCACUUUCAUUAUUUGGGGUUGCCAGAUCACAUUUUUGAAAACAAUUGAGUUUAGAACCUAACACUGGUUUACAAGAACUUUGAAAAUGGUAAUUAAAUUAAUAAUUUGAUGUACUAUUUUAUGUAAGUGUGUCAUUAAUGUGACAGUCAUAUGUUUGCAUUCCUUUUUGCAGGAGAGUCCAUUCCAAUCCGGCUAUUCUUGGCAGGUUAUGAGCUGACGCCAACCUUCAAAGAUGUCAACAAGAAGUUUUCUGUGCGGUACUUCUUAAAUCUUGUCCUUGUUGAUGAAGAGGAAAGAAGAUACUUCAAACAGCAGGUAUAAACAGCAGCAUGUGCAUGUGAUUGCUCCAUAAGCAAAAUGCAUCUUGCAUAAUUUCAGGUAUUUUUAUCAGGGAGGAUGCUUACAAAUAUGAUGCUUUGUACUUCUGUAACAGAAAUUCUAGGUAGUAAGCUUUGCAGCGAGUGUUACUGUGGUAUUGACUUCAUAAGUUUUCUAUGAAUUAAAGAUUGAAAUUACUGAAAGAGGUGGUAAUUAGUCAAUGAAAUGUAAAUGUAAUAUGUAGUGUAGGUUGUGGCAUUGUUAAAGCCACUUUGUCAGUCUUCUCUUUAAUUUGUGUUUUCGUUUUUGUGUAUGUUGUAGGAAAUUGUACUGUGGAGAAAAGGAGACUUGAAGAAAAAGCCUGGCAUCUUAACAGAGAAACUGAAGCACUCAAGAGAAGAGAGCAAGCCAGAAGAUACGGAGGAGUGA